AUUCCUAUUGGCCCAACGUGCCGUCGGUCGGCAGCCGGCCCGCCCCCUCAGAACCUUACAUUUACAGUGUAGCAAAAGAGAAAGUAACUAUGUUGCUGCUGGAGAUCAAUGAAGCCGAGUGAAUGGGGGCUGAAUGGGCGAAUCCUUAGCUGAAGCGGAGCGCCAGAUGGUGGAGGGCUACACUUAUUUAUGAAACUGUCUUGAGUUCUUCUUCAAUUGCCAGUUUUCAGCCUCCUCAUGCCUCCAUCUCCUUUAGACGACAGGGUAGUAGUGGCACUGUCUAGGCCCGUCCGACCUCAGGAUCUCAACCUUUGUUUAGACUCUAGCUACCUUGGCUCUGCCGCCCCAGGCAGUAACAGCCACCCUCCUGUCAUUGCCACCACCGUCGUAUCCCUCAAGGCUGCGAAUCUGACGUAUAUGCCCUCAUCCAGCGGCUCUGCCCGCUCCCUGAAUUGUGGAUGCAGCAGCACUAGUUGCUGCACUGUGGCAACCUACGACAAGGACAAUCAGGCCCAAACCCAAGCCAUUGCCGCUGGCACCGCCACCACCGCCAUCGGAACCUCUACUGCCUGCCCUGCCAACCAGAUGGUCAACAACAAUGAGAAUGCAGGCCCUUUAAGUCCAUCAGGUGGGGUGGGCAGCCCUGUGUCAGGGACCCCCAAGCAGCUAGCCAGCAUCAAAAUAAUCUACCCCAAUGACUUGGCGAAGAAGAUGACCAAAUGCAGCAAGAGUCACCUGCCGAGCCAGGGCCCUGUCAUCAUCGACUGCAGGCCCUUCAUGGAGUACAACAAGAGUCACAUCCAAGGAGCUGUCCACAUUAACUGUGCCGAUAAGAUCAGCCGGCGGAGACUGCAGCAGGGCAAGAUCACUGUCUUAGACUUGAUUUCCUGUAGGGAAGGCAAGGACUCUUUCAAGAGGAUCUUUUCCAAAGAAAUUAUAGUUUAUGAUGAGAAUACCAAUGAGCCGAGCCGAGUGAUGCCCUCCCAGCCACUUCACAUAGUCCUCGAGUCCCUGAAGAGAGAAGGCAAAGAACCUCUGGUGUUGAAAGGUGGACUUAGCAGUUUUAAGCAGAACCAUGAAAACCUCUGUGACAACUCCCUCCAGCUCCAAGAAUGCCGAGAGGUGGGGGGCGGCGCAUCUGCAGCCUCGAGCAUGCUACCUCAGUCCAUCCCCACCACCCCUGACAUCGAGAAUGCAGAGCUGACGCCCAUCUUGCCCUUCCUGUUCCUUGGCAAUGAGCAGGAUGCUCAGGACCUGGACACGAUGCAGCGGCUGAACAUCGGCUACGUCAUCAAUGUCACCACUCACCUGCCCCUCUACCACUAUGAGAAAGGCCUGUUCAACUACAAGAGGCUGCCGGCUACUGACAGUAACAAGCAGAACCUGCGGCAAUACUUUGAAGAGGCAUUUGAGUUCAUCGAGGAAGCUCACCAGUGUGGGAAAGGGCUUCUCAUCCAUUGCCAGGCGGGGGUGUCCCGUUCUGCCACCAUCGUCAUUGCGUACUUGAUGAAGCACACUCGGAUGACCAUGACUGAUGCUUAUAAAUUUGUCAAAGGCAAACGACCAAUUAUUUCCCCAAACCUUAACUUCAUGGGGCAAUUACUGGAGUUUGAGGAAGACCUGAACAACGGUGUGACACCGCGAAUCCUUACACCAAAGCUGAUGGGUGUGGAAACGGUCGUCUGACAAAAGUCUGGAUAGAAAGGAUUACUCGUCUCCAUUAAGAGACGAAGAGAAAGAAGGAUGGAUUCUUUCUUUUUUCCUUUUUCUUUCUUUCUUCUUCCUUUUUUUUUUUAGAUGGGGUAAAGUUUGUGAAUGGAAACAAAACUUGUUUAAAAACUUUAUUUUUCACAAGUGUGAGAAGAAUUUAUCUUUUGAUGCCAUUGAGAUUUCCUUCCCACGAACUGAUAAAGCAGGGAGGCUAAAGGAGUAAUUUUUUUAAGCCAACAAUAAAAAUAUAAUAAAACUUGUUUCUUCCCCUUUUCCUUUUAAGCUAUUUGUAGAGUUUAUGAUUAAAUAGUCUGUGCAGGUUCAUAGACCGAAGAUACUACAACUUACACAAAUUAAAAAGAACCAAAAGUAAGAGACAGAAAAGACAUUGAAUCACGAAGGCCCGAGAGCUGCCUGGGCCGUCCACACAGGAAACAAAAACCCAACCAAACCAAGCCCUGUUGUACUCACUGGUGCAAAGAGAAAAUCAGGGCAGCUUAAGUGGUCUAAGAACCCUUCACAUUCUUUAAAGAGACAAAAGAUACUGUUGAUUUUGUGUGUUUCAUACUCGGGAUUAUUUUCCCCCCUCUCUGGGUUUAAGAGAUUUUUUUUGAAAUAGCGAGGAACUGACCAUUAUACCAUAUGCCUUCACUGGCUUCUUGUGCAAUAAUACGGUGUUUUGAGUGUGCAAACAAGUUAGAGCUGGCAGCCGAAUAAUAGACAAAUAGUGCAAAUUUGCCAGCUUGGAGAUCGAAAGGAAUUCAAUAAAAAUCAAUUACUUUCCUUCCCACCUUUUUCCUUUAAUUUUUUUUUUUUUAUUUGAUUCUGGUUACAGUGCCAUAAACCUUGUUACAUAUGUAUAUCAGACUGUAAAAAAAAAAAAAAAGACAAAAAUUUAUUUAAAAAUAUUUUUCGCAAAAAAAAAAACAACUUGAUGUGUUUCUGUUGAUUGUGUUAAAAUUUAUUUUCAUUAUAUAAAUGAAACUCAUUUGG